AUGCCGACGCUGGCCUUGAUCAACUUUAACAUUGUCUGCGCCACACUUGGAGGCUUUAUAUCCUUGUUCGGUUUGGUCUCCUACCUAUGCAAGGAGCGAUUCUAUCUCUCUGAAGCGUGUCCGUGCCCCUGUAUUUCCAUGUACCUCAUAGGGUGUUCUGACGUGACAAGUGAUCUCCUUGCUGGCCGGUGUGGCAUUCUCACCACAUGCAGCCAAUUUCAUACGGCCCGAGGAGUAUGCCAUGCACUCCGAGCCGAACCUCGAAGCCAUCACCCUGCACUUCUGUUCUUUGGCAUCUACCAGUUGAAGUACAUAGGAAUGGGUGGCGAGGGCUUCAGCGGUGGCGCGGGAAAAGCCAUGGGACUGUGGUUCUACGAGACUUGGGUGUACACCAUCAUCUUGAGCGUUGUUUAUGGCGCCGCAGCAGAGGAGAAGCGCUAUGUCGACCGGGAAAGUUUCCUGGUGUUUGCCAUUGCCCUCGCGCUUUGUAUCGUGGGCACCUGCGGUCUCAUUGGCACCGACGACCUCCUCGCGUGUUUCAUCGCUGGAAUGUUUUCAGGCAGGAGUAAGUUGCACCCGCUGACACAGGGGUCCAAACCCGACCAUGAUAGUGAUUGGUUCCGCCUCGAAACCAUGGACGACUUACUCCAGCCGACAAUGAUAUGCUUCUCAACUUGUCUGUCUUCGUGUGUGUGUCCGUGGUCGUCCUUCCCGUACAACAACAUCAUCUCGAUUUAUCGACUCAUAUUCCUGGGCAUCCUGAUCCUCUUAGUCCGCCGUAUGCUGAUCAUCUUCGCGAUGCAUAAGUACAUCCAUCAGAUCGAACAUCUUGCACAAGCCGCCUUUGUCGAUUCUUCGGUCCAAUCGGCGUCGGCGCCAUCUUUUAUCUCUAGAUCAGCCAGGAAUUCCUCAAGGAGAUCACAGUCGACGGCAAAGUGCGAGAGGAUGCGCAGCAAGUCAUGGACGCUGUCUGAAUUGUAUCCCAGUCGGCAAAGCCGGCUACGACCUUCCACGCACAAUCUCCGGUGCCAUCAGUACCGGCACAGUCGACGAACCCGACCCCUCCCCAUCUCAGCCAUCCACCACACCAAUAGCACUGAAACUCCCCAUAUCGAAGGAGCAGGCUCUAACCGUACCCGCAAGCGCCGCUCGGUGAUCCGUUCCGGCUCGCCGUCUCGUCAGCUCCAGCCAGGCGUGGGCUUGACCGACAAACCGGAGAGACCGGUUAAUCUGGCUGUACAUAGCCCCGUGGCUGGGGCGCAUGAAGCACAUGAGAGCUCGCCUAGUCCAGCCCUAUGA